UCAUUUUUUCAGUGUACUAACCAAGUCAUCAACAAAUCUUUUAUUUUGUCCUGACUCGUGUUUCCUGUUGACCUCAGAGACCGAUGUCUUUAUCUUUACUCCCAUAGAGACUCAUGUUUAUAGAAACCAGACUGUACACAAACUCUCUUCAGACACCUGAUGAUGAUGAUGGACUCUGUGAAUGAACCAACCUCACUAAACCAACUUCACGAGCAGAUAUCCACUUUAACAGAUGAGAAUGUUCAGCUGCGUGAACGUAAUGAAGUGCUCUUCAGUAAGCUUGGCUCGGUCCAAAACAAACUUGGCCAGCAGGCCGCUUCAAAGAGCGAUCUGUCCGUCAAACUGGUCCAAUGUGAAGAAGAAAAGCUGAAGAUCUCAAAAAACCUCGUAGAUGUACAAAUAGACGCCAAUAAAAUGAGAGAGAAGUAUGAAGCAGAGAUCUUUGAGCUGAAAAACAUGCUUUUAUCCCAGGACGGCACAAUCUCAUCUCUUCAGAUGGAGCGAGAUCGGCUUAGACAGGAAGCGUCGGCAUCGUCGGCACGUUUAGAAGUCAUUGAGAGAAGUGAACGUGACCUGGCCGAAGAGCACACGGUGCUAAAGGCCGACUUUCUUUCAAUGAGUGCCGCUUAUGAGAGAGAGCGUGCACACACCGAAGAGCUCAGCGGCGAGCUGCUCACCCUCGCACAAACACACGACACACUCCUGCGGGAGAGAGAGCGCACACACAGACACACGCUGGAGGUGGAGAGGGUUCGAGCGCUCCUUAGUAGGGCAUCCCAAAACAGAGUCAGGCCUGAGGAUUUUGAACAGAGCAAAGUCCCGCUGGUGAGAAAUGAAGUGCACAAUAUCAUGAAAGAUGAGCUAGAAAAACUGAGGAAAAGUUACGAAGGGCAACAGCGACAGCUGGAGGAGAAAGUUGUUGCUCUGGGAAAGGAGCAACAAGAAAACAAAAGAGCCAUUCAGUACACCCGACACAAGCUCACCCAGCAGUCUGCGACGUUGAUCAUUUCUCAAGACCAGCUGAAGGAAACCGAAGCUGAACUCUCUAAAGUACAAAAUCAUCUGAAGGAGCUCAACCGAGCGUACAGAGCUCGACUCGCCCGCUACAUGCAGGACAUUACAGAGUGUGUCACAACAGUAGGUGCUGGUGAUUUGGGACACAAGCUGAAGGGGUUCGUCGAGUCAAUGCUGGAGGAGAUGAAAGCCUCAUAUCGCUCCAGAGAGGAACAACUCACUAAAGCAGUCCGAACGUCUCGCAAACGCAUACAGAGUCUGAACGACACAUAUCAGAGACUGCUCAUCGCCUACAGAGAGCAACGUGAGCAGAUCUCGGCACACGCUUUAGAUGCCGGACCACCAGAGGUCGACUUCAGUCUGCCCGGAGCCGAAUUGAGAGGGGAGACGGAGAGAGAACUACAGAGACUCAGAGAGGACAAAGCCCGACUGGAGAUUCGACUCAGACAGGCUCAAGAACAGAUGGCUGUGUUGUCAGAGUCUCAGAGGGCUGGAUUGACACCCGAGGCCUGGGAUGAUGUUAAAAAACAGCUCGGAGAAAUAACCAACACCACACAGGAAGCUCAAGAGAGAGAGCGAGCCCAGCUCAUCGCCCGUGCAGCGGUCGCCGAGCAGCAGUUGUCUGAGCUGAAGGAGUAUGUUGACAACCACCUGGGCAGGUAUAAGCUGGAGAUAACACGACUGCGCAGACGUCUGGGAUCAAAAGAUGGAAGGUCAAAUAGUGCUGGAGUCCGUAAGCCCCGCCCUCUCCAUACAUCAAUCAAAAACAGCAGUAAUGAGAUAUAAUACAGGAGUUCACCAGCUCCUCCUAUCACAAACAGCAGUUACACAAGCAGUACACAAACCCUAGCCCUCCAUAAAUCACUCGAAAACAACAUGGCCAAAAAACACUAAAAUAUAACUAAUAGUAAAAUAAUAUCUUUGAUAAGCUAAUGAAAACAAGUAUAAACAGUGUUAGACCAUUAAUAAAUCUAACUGUGAUUUUGCUUGGGGAAGACUUUUUGGCGUAAUUCUGGGAAUUCACAAAAUCUGAUAUCAGAUGAGGAGCUUCCAGGUUGCUGAUAUCUUAAACAGAUCUACUGACAGAAGUGAGGUGUCAGUUGUUUUGCAUUUUAAGCAGCACAAGACUAUUUAUACUAAAUAAUCAAUCUACCGUUUUCCUUACUUGGCUAAAACCAUCUGCUUAAUGUAAACGUGAAUAAAUAAAUGGUUUAAGUAAAACUCGAUGAGCAAGAUUUUCGAUUGAUCAUCACUUUACUGAUAUUGUUUUGCAUGUAAACAUUUUUAUCAGCUGUCUCUUCACGCCUGUUUAUUGAUUUGCAUCCCUUCAGAACGACUUUAAAUUGAACUGUUUUUAGAUGGGUAUCAGCAUGUUGUUGUAUAUGUAAACACAGUCUGAUGGAUAAUUUACAUUUUACCCAACUGUUCAUUCAGUUAGAUUUUUUAUUCAUAAUUUAUUACUAUAACUAAUUCAAUGAAAAGGCUGAGCAUCACUUCACGCUGGCUGAUGCUGUGUUUUAAAAAACCUGUGUGUUAUUGAAUUUGCUCUUCAUGAGAAACUAUGUGUGGAAUGUUUAAAUAGCUUAUGUCAAUUUUAUGGCCUGCAGGAUUGAAUCUGCCUGACAAUUCAAUGUUUGACGCUUUCGAGUAAUUUCGUAGUUCACACACAUGGUUUUUCUCAGAAACAUACAUGUUAAAACACAAAGAGACUUCAAUUAUUUGCAGGAGUCUCCUAGGGUGAAUGCUGGGAUAGUAAAUCACAUGGGAUAUAAGACAUCUGACAUGGUUUUCAUUAUAGAUAUGCGCAAAACUAGCGAUAUUUUCUAAAUGUCGAUAAAAAAAACGAAUGCAAAAUGGCAGCAUUUCCAGCUUGAUCUCACGAAAUUGGUACGUAUUACCAAAUUAAUUUUAUAAAAAUUAUGAUUAUCAUAAAAAAACAUUUACCAAACCCCACCCCUAAACCCAACAUCAUUGGGCAAAAACAAAUCGUGCAAAAAUUUACAUAUGUGGUCAUACAAAUUAAUAUAAAUUAGCCACCUUGUAAAGUACGUACUAAUUGCUAUGAGAUAGCGUUGGCGUUUCCAUUAACGAUUUUUUGAGGUUAAAGCGUAAUUUUUAUUAAUUCUUUCCCCGCCAGCAUUUUUUUUUUAAGUUGCCAGCCAGUGCCAGCAGUUUGCAUGAUUUUCACAAAAGCUUAAAUAAAAAUGUUCCAGAAAAUGUUCUUCUUUAAAUGUAUAAACAUACAAUAUAUCAAAUGAGAGAACAGAAAAGUUUUAUCCUACCUUCAUUAGUUCUUUUUUUAUCAUCUCUCAAAUAUGGGUAGGUUUUUUCCAAAAAUAUCAAAUUUUCAGCAAAAAGCUGAGAUAAUUGCAUUCUUGUGAAUUACUUUUGAUAGAGAUCAGAUUCAGAGCGAUCCUCAAAACAUACACGGACAUGCAGCUGUUUGCUCUAGGCCUAGGGCGAUACUUCCGGGUUUUAUAAGUUGCGAAAGAGCGCCACCUGGUGGAUAAUAGCGGUAUUAUGGAUUGGCGGAAAUACUCGUCGUUUGCAGGGAAGCUUUUUCUCUUAAUUGGCGAGUUAACUCUUCAAUGGCGGUUAACGAAAAGAGUUAUUCAAAAAACAUAUCACAUAUAUCAUCAAAAUAGAUUCAAAAGCAUACAGAGCUGUCGACUCUCGAGUUGUUCCUCGUGGUAUUUUUAUGUCAUAUUUCAUACGUUUUUAGAAAAACUAAUUUCGUAAAUUACGCUUUAACCGCAUAAUAUUGCAUUAUAAUAAUGUGACUUUUAUGCACUUUAGAUUACUUGUAAACGUGAAAAAACUAGGUGUGCACUAACCAGUCAUGAAUUUUGUCCGAUUUGAGCUGGCGGCGAUGGCAUGUGACUGUAACGUAUGGCAUCAAAGUACCGCAAGAGCGUUUCGAGAGUAGCCGGCUGGCUUAACUGGCGCAGAGAGGCUGCACGGAGUACUGAUGACGAAACGACUCUUUGUGAUUGGUCGCCUCACUGAUGAGAACGACACGUGCGUUUUUAUGUUUAAUCCAACCUUAAAUUCCACUAAUAAACAGGUAUAACUCCUUAAUAUAACCUUAAUAUGUUAUAUUGUGCCAUGUAAUAAAAUAAAUAACUUUAAUUUAAUAACCUACUGUUUACCAUUAUUUCCAGGCAUAAACAGCAACUAAAAUAUUCAAUAUAAAGGGUUUCUGAUUGCAACUUUUAUGAAAAGAUUAGUUUUUUGACAAAUUCGGCAUCUAAUUCACUUCAUUCGUAAUUUAAAAAGGAAACAUGACGCACACAUCACUACGGCAAGCAGCAGGUGUCCGACUUUGUCUUUAACUCCUCCCUCGACUGCAAGCAGCAAACCUCACUGACCGGUCUGCCCAGUGCCGCAUUAACUCGAACACAGCUACUCUUUCCAUUGCAGUUUUGCGAUAUUUAUUUAAAACCACCUGAUUGUUAAACAUUUUUGCAAUAUAUGGGAGUUUUUGCGAAAUUAACGCGUUUCCAUUGGCUGUAUUUCAAUUUGUGCAAUUUAAAGGGUAAUGGAAAUGCGUCUAAUGACUUGCGUCUAAAAAAUAUUUUUACUGGCCAAUAUUUAUUUAAAAAACAAGUCAUGUUGUAGAUUAAAGAUUUAUUAGAUUCAAGCCUUUAUUUGUCUCACAUAAAACUUUAAAAUAUCAACAAAAUGCUUGUCUUUACUUUCAAAAGAAAACUCUAAAAUGAUCAGAUUCGCAUUGUGGUUUAAUGAUUAUCUUCGUAUUUACUUUGUGUUCAAUAAAAUGACAAAAAUACAGUAAACCCUUGUUUCUUUAAUUUAGUUUGGAUGGCUAAAAGGUGAAGUUACAACAAAACGUAGGCUACCAUAAAAAUUAAAUAAAACUUUUGCCUUUCUUACAAAACUGACAGAGUAAAAUCUCAAACGUAAUGCCAUACUUCAGUUUCAAUCAAAGUAUCCAAACAUGAACUAAAGUAAAAUGCUGCAGGAUAAACUGGGAAGCGUGUUAUUAAGAAAAAAGGACAUGGAUUACCCACAGAAAGAGAGGGAGAGAGUUGAGGGCCGUAGGAUUUGUCAGAUAAAGGAAAGUGUUUGGGAAACGGCCUUCAGACUGAGAGCCUAUGAGCGCCUCUUUCAUGAAGCAUAAAAAACAUCCAGAUUAUGCGUAUGGGAAACGGUCUGUAGUGAGUACA